AUGCCCAGUUUACCUUUACUCAGAGCCUCGGACGUUGCCAGCCACAACACUGCCAAUGACUGUUGGGUCUCGUUGUACCACCGAAAGGUGUACAAUGUUACGCCAUUCUUGAACGAACAUCCUGGUGGUGCGCAACUAAUUCUCGACCACGCCGGGAAAGAUAUCACUGGGAUAAUGGCCGACAUGACGUCGCACGAGCAUUCGGAAUCAGCGUACGAUAUCAUGGAUGACGCCUAUCUAGUCGGCUACGUUGCUACCAAAUAUGAAGAGGAAGAACUCCUUAAUAAUCGAUACGGUAAACCAGUCGAGGUGACCAUCAACGAGGGAACAGAAGAUGUCUACAAUUUCCACGACGAGUUGCCUCCGGAAACGGUCAUGUCCAUCAAGACAGACUUUGAAGAAGAUCACGUUAAACAUAAGUUCUUGGACUUGAAUAAACCCUUGUUGAUGCAAGUGUUGUGUGCUGAUUGGACCAGAGAGUUCUACAUCGACCAGGUCCAUAGACCAAGACAUUACGGUAAAGGAUCAGCUCCCUUAUUCGGUAACUUUUUAGAACCAAUAUCGUUGACCCCCUGGUGGGUUGUGCCAUUGAUUUGGUUGCCUCCUAACCUUUAUUUGACUUGGAUGGGAGCCUCUCAAUUACCUUGGUUAACCAGUUUUAGUUAUUGGUGUUUGGGUCUCUUUAUAUGGACAUUGGUGGAAUAUUCUUUACACCGGUUCCUCUUCCAUUUAGAUGAUAAUUUACCAGAACAUAACGCCUUCUUUGCCUUACACUUUUUAUUACAUGGUGUUCAUCAUUACUUACCUAUGGAUGGUUAUAGAUUGGUGUUGCCUCCAACGUUGUUUGUGGUGUUGGCUUAUCCCUUCUACAAGUUGGUGUUCGGUCUCUUACCUUUCCAUAUUGCUUGUGUUGGGUUCGCUGGUGGGACCUUGGGCUAUAUAUGUUAUGAUGUUUGCCAUUAUAUCUUCCACCAUACCAAAUUGCCUGAGUUCUUACAAAAACAGAAAACUAUCCAUUUAGAACAUCACUAUAAGAAUUAUCAGCUUGGGUUCGGAGUCACUUCUCAAUUCUGGGAUGUUGUCUUUGGUACCACCAUCACUCAAACCUUUCAAAAGAACAAUUAA